CAAACAAAUCGGCUAUAUCGACAGUCGUUUUGUGGACACGUGAAGAAAAAUAGUCCUUAUUAAGUCGUCCGUGGAAUUCUCGUGUUUUUCCGGUAACUGGUCACAGCAGAAUUACUCUGAGGAACAGUUAUGGUCAUAAGAUGAAUUUCUCUGAGGUCUUCAAGCACUCCAACCAGCUUUGCAAAGUUUCUCCAGAUGGGAAAUACUUGGCUACCUGUGUCCAAUACAGGCUGGUUGUGCGAGAUAUGGCCACCCUGCAGAUCCUACACCUUUACACCUGCCUGGAUCAGAUAUCCCACAUGGACUGGUCCUCUGACUCCCUCUUUAUCCUCUGUGCAAUGUACAAGAGAGGCCUGGUGCAGGUGUGGUCUCUGGAACAGCCGGAGUGGCACUGUAAGAUUGAUGAGGGCUCAAUUGGACUAGUCUCCUCACGCUGGAGUCCAGACGGACGUCACAUUCUCAACACCACCGAGUUCCAUCUGAGAAUCACCGUCUGGUCCCUGUGCACCAAAGCCGUGUCUUACAUCAAAUAUCCUAAAGCAUGUCAGAAGGGUAUAGAUUUCAGCAGAGAUGGCUGCUAUAUGGCCUUAGCUGAACGCCGUGACUGUAAAGACUACGUUAGCGUGUUUGUGUGUGACGACUGGCACUUGCUCAGGCAUUUUGAGACAGAGACACAGGACCUGACGGGCUUAGAGUGGUCUCCGAAUGGCUGCGUGUUGGCAGUGUGGGACAGCUGCCUGGAGUACAAGGUGUUGCUGUAUUCUUUGGAUGGCCGCUUGCUGUCGACCUUCAGUGCCUACGAGUGGUCGCUUGGUGUCAAAUCUGUCACCUGGAGCCCCAGUAGCCAGUUCCUGGCUAUCGGCAGCUACGAUGAAAAAGUCCGUAUCCUCAAUCACAUCACAUGGAAGAAAAUUGCCCAGUUUGAUCAUCCGACAACAAUCAACAACACAAAAGCUGUCCUGUAUAAGGAAGUGGAGAGACGAGCACCCGUGGGCAGGGACGAGCUGUCUUUACAUGACAUCACAGCAGGCGGCGCCUUCAUCAGCUCCCAGAGCAAAUAUGAGAUCUGUGCACCACCAGUCCAGAUACCUGUGGUCAAACCAGAUCCAGACCGAGCCAACCCCAAGAUUGGCGUCUCUUGUCUGGCCUUCAGCGCAGACAGUCGCUACCUCGCCACCAAAAACGACAGCAUGGCCUCUGUUCUGUGGGUGUGGGAAAUGCAGAAGAGCAGCCUGGAGGCUGUGCUGGAGCACACCGCAGCCGUCCGGUGCUUUCAGUGGGACCCUCGCCGGCCCCGACUCGCACUGUGCACUGGCAACUCCAAGCUGUACCUCUGGUCGCCAACUGGCUGCGUUUGUGUUUCCAUUGUCAUUACAUUGGUGUUUGUUUCAGAUGGUUUUCAGGUCCAGUCCUUGAUCUGGCACUGCGGCGGGGACUCUCUGAUUCUGCUGGGAAAGGAUCAUCUGUGUGUCUGCUUCAUGGACACACAGGACAAGAGUAACUGAGUGAAAUUUAUUUAUUUUUUUAUUAUUUCACAUUUCCCACCCAAACAGGGAACAGGACUGGAUUCAGUUUUUUUUAAUAUGUAAACACACACACUCCUUUGUAAAUUUACACUGAGUUUUCAGCUGAAGAUCAAACUCUAGCUCCUUGCUGUUUAUGGCACUCGGUGCUGGUUACUGAGACAUUUUGUCCUGAUUUAAAAAAAAAAAAAAAAAAGUGAUGUUCCUCCAAAA